AUGACGAUGACAACCCAGACUGCCGCUCCUACCCCCUCGGCCGCCUUUGCCAGGCGGACACUCGAAGAGACCGCCGUCCAACUCGAGACCAGCACCAUCAGCGGCUUGACCACCCUCGAAGCCAACAACCGUCGCGCCCGCUAUGGCCUCAACGAGUUCGAGGUCGAGGACGAUGAACCCAUCUACCUCAAGUUCUUCAAGUCCUUCUACGAGAACCCGCUGAUCCUCCUCCUCCUCGCCUCUGCAAUCGUCUCCCUCGCCAUGGGCCAGCGCGAUGACGCCAUCAGCAUCACCCUCGCCAUUCUUAUUGUCGUCACAGGUAAAGCAUCCAAUCGCCUUGUUUAUUGUUCGGACAACCCCAACCCCUGCAACGACAACAACGACGACGACGAUAUGAUUACAGCUGCCAUUGGAGUGCGCUUUGGUUCAGAUCUCAAGGAGGAUUUGCCAACAAUGUGA